AGCCGAGCAAAACAAAGCAUCUCCGCUCCACCAAAGACCGCUCCACCGCCUUUUUACGCAAACUCGCACAGUCAGCGAACCCGGCUAUAACCAUGAUUAAGAAAAUGUCGCCCUCCGAGAGCGAUUAUGACAUCCCAGCAAAGAACUGCUACAGGAUGGUGAUUUUGGGAUCCACCAAAGUUGGGAAAACGGCCAUCGUGUCCCGGUUCCUCAACGGGAGGUUCGAAGAGCAGUACACGCCGACCAUCGAGGACUUUCACAGGAAACUGUACAGCAUCAAAGGAGACGUUUACCAGCUAGACAUACUGGACACAUCAGGGAACCACCCUUUCCCUGCCAUGAGGAGACUAUCCAUACUGACAGGUGACGUGUUCAUCCUCGUAUUCAGUCUGGACAACCGAGAUUCCUUCCAGGAGGUGCAGCGGCUCAAGCGCCAGAUAUUCGAAACCAAGUCGUGCCUAAAAAACAAGAUCAAAGAGAACAUCGACGUGCCUCUGGUCAUCUGCGGGAACAAGGGCGACAGAGAGUUUCACCGGGAGGUGCAGCAGGAGGAGAUCGAGCAGCUGGUAGCCGGGGACGAGAAGUGCGCGUACUUCGAGAUCUCCGCCAAGCGCAACGAGAACGUGGAUAAGAUGUUUCAGACUCUGUUUACCUUGGCCAAGCUACCUCACGAAAUGAGCCCCGACCUUCACCGGAAAGUCUCCGUGCAGUACUGCGACAUGCUGCACAGAAAGUCUCUGAAAAACAAGAAGAUGAAGGACAUUGGGGAAGCGUACGGUGUGGUCACGCCGUGCGCCCGGAGACCCAGCGUACACAGCGACCUCAUGUACAUUAAAGAGAAGGCGAUAGGAGGCAGCCAGGGCAAAGACAAAGAGAGGUGUGUGAUCAGCUAAAGGGGGCUGCGCAGCGCAAACUGAACACAAAUCUUUGAAAGGAAACGGAGCCUGAUGCGCCAGCUUGAGAGGCGACCUGUGCGGCCGGCUGCGCUCACGCACAGGAGGUGUGGAGACGCCGGGGCCGCCGCCGCCGCGCGCUCAGGCGUAGCGCCGUUUCCGGGGACACUGACUGGACUGGACUCUCGAGUCCGCUAAAACCGCCAAAAAACAUUGCCCACGAGACAUGUGAGAAUGUUAGCUUGUCCUGUCAAUCAGAGCCCAAUGUGUGACGUGGCUUCAUACCCUGUGAGACUCGCGCAUCCAUGCGUAAAAAUGUGUUUUGUUGACGUCAUGCCUUUUACAGAUGUCAGAGGGGAGAGAAAAGAGACUCUUGGCUCAGGAGGUGCAGUGGGGGAACUGUAAUGUUGUUUACAUCUUAUCAUAGAUUUUAUAAUGGCUAAGUAAGUACAACUUGAAUGUUGUGUUGCAAUUGGAAGUAUUUUUUUUAUUGUGUAUGUAUAUAUUUAUUGUCAAUGUCAAUUUUUGCAAACAAGAAAAAUCCUAAAAUGUAAUAAAAAA